AUGGAAAUUGCAGGAAAACUGGGGGUACCUAAUUUUAAUGCUUCGGAUGGAUGGCUAAAUAAAUGGCGAUUAAGGAAUAAUGUUUCCUUCAAAUGCAUAUCUGGUGAAGCUGCAGAUGUGAAUCAGGAUGAUGUCGAACAGUUUCGGACAAAGCUGCCAACUCUGUUGAAUGGGUACAAGCCUGAAGACAUUUACAACGCCGAUGAGAGUGGGCUUUUCUUUCGUGCCUUACCGGACAAAACCCUCGCUCUUAAAUCCGAAAAAUGUGUGGGAGAUAACGCGGCUUCUCAUCCAAAGGAAUUAGACUUGACCAACAUAAAAAUUUGUUUCUUGCCACCAAAUACAACGGCAGUUAGCCAACCCCUUGAUCAGGGUAUAAUCCAAAAUUUUAAAACUUUGUAUAGAAGCUUAGUUUUAAAACACUUGAUAACUAAAAUUGGCGAUACAAGUUCAGCCUCAGAGCUCUCAAAAUCGAUUAAUGUACUGGAAGCUGUGUAUUUCAUCAAAGCAUCUUGGCAUAAAGUGGAAGCCACAACAAUCCGAAACUGCUUCCGUAAAGCAGGAUUUUUGGAAACUUUAGAGGAUCCUUCAGAUUUUGAUCCCGAAGAUGACAUUCCACUGGCAGUCUAUGCUAGGCUUCAGGAAGGACUAGAUUUGGCAAAUGAUUUCGAAGGUUUUCUCCAAAUAGAUCAAAAUGUUUUCACUGAGGACAACAAUAUAGAAAUUCAAUUUGACGAACCAGAUGAUACUAUGGACUUAAGUGAUUCAGAAGAUGAACCUUCAGAAGAAAUAAGUGACCCCAUAACAUCAUAUGAUGAGGCUUUAAAACUUGUUGAGCGCUUGAAACAAUUUGCAAAAAAUGACUAUGUAGCUUUUCAGCAG